GGGAGCUGUGAUUGGUCACAGCUUGUCACAUGGUACAAGGCUGUUGUGAAUAGCCUUGUACCAUGUGACCUCUGUGAACAUUCACAGAUUUCACACGUAGUAAGAAAUGAUGUCAGAAGUGACAUCUUGCUUACUACUUUGCAUGUGAUCACUGAUUGGCCAAUCAAUUGCAUCAUUUCCUGUCAAUGGUCUCUCAGCAUUCACUUCCUGUAGGCCACUUCCCAGAAGCUUUCAUUUCCUUGUUGCAUCAUAGAAGAGGGGUGGCCAUACACUGUACAUUCUGAUUGUACAAUCUCUGUAUGAUAUCCUUUAGAUUUACCAAAACUAUAUAAUAGGAG